GUUGUUCCCUCUUCAGGCAACUCUUAUUAUUGUUAUUUCAAGUAGUUCAUUCUGUGUCGAAUAAAGACAGAUAUUAUCACUACCUAUCUACUCACAUCUGAAUCUUCAGUCUUUCACCUGCCCUAGUCCUCAUACUACUCUUUUGGACAUGCAGGCUAUAUCGCUCGCCUUCCGCGGGGAGUCCCUAUAAUUCUCCACUCGGCCUCGAAGAUGAUCAGCCUCCAGUAUGUCGAGACCUCACACAUAUUCUUACGGCAAGGCAGAGUCGGACUCGGAAGAUGAUCUCAACUUGGACGAACUCGACCCCAUUACCCAAUCUUCAGCUCGCCUCAAUUCCUCCCAACGCGACCGUAAUCCUCCAGCAAACAUCCACCUCCAGAAAUUGAACAACUUUGGCUCCGGUCGUCUGUGGCGGUCCAAAGCCAAAGGAAAUGAUACAUCCUACCGAGACCCCGAUGAUGAUACCGAAGGCCUACUGGGACAUCGAAGAUGGUCCGACGACCGAGUUGGCUGGAAUGUCAGGCAAGACGCAAGGAAUACUGGCAAUCAUGCUGGGGGCUCGCCACACACCCACGAGCCCUCGUCUCGCCGUCCCAGCAUCCGCCAAAGCCUACAAUUGACUGAAUUUGUCAGACAGGAGUUAGCUGAUAUGCGUCAAGACCAAGAUCAAGGUUCUCAAGACUCACGUCAAGUCAUGGUCGGCCAAGCGCAGUCUAUCCGCUUCCCUCCCAACAUUGUGUCGAAUGCAAAAUAUACCGCAUGGUCCUUCCUUCCACGAACCCUGUACAACGAAUUUUCUUUCUUCCUGAACAUAUAUUUCCUCCUCGUCGCAUUGUCCCAGAUUAUCCCCUUUCUACGCAUUGGUGUCAUGUCAACCUACAUCGCUCCACUACUCUUUGUUCUGUCUAUCACCCUAGGAAAAGAGGCCAUGGACGAUAUUGCCCGUCGCCGACGCGAUGCCGAAGCCAAUUCCGAACCAUUCACUGUCUUGACCUUUCCCGAACCUACACGAAACCGAACCAUUGCCCAAGCAGAUGGUGUUGUCCCGGUCGUUAAAAAAUCGAGAGAUAUUAAAGUGGGAGAUAUUCUAAAGCUCGAAAAGAAUCAGCGAGUCCCGGCAGACGUCGUCGUUCUCCAGAGCCAUUUGACUGAGCUGCUGUCCGAUCCCUCCUCUAGAGACCCUAGCGACAUGACAGCUACUUCAUCCUCUCAAUCCACGGGAGAGACUUUCAUAAGAACUGACCAGCUUGAUGGCGAAACUGACUGGAAGCUUCGUCUCCCAAGCCCCCUAAGUCAGGAUCUGAAGUUGCAGGACCUCCGGAAGCUACGCAUUACAGCCGGCGCCCCAGACAAGAACGUACACGAAUUCGUGGGCAAACUCGAGUUUCUCACCAGCCCGGUUUCGGCAUAUGACCCUCAUACGUCACUGGGGAGCAGCCACGAUGAGACUGAUGAAGAUGCCCCUUCCACUUCCGCGAAUACAGCUCCUCUCACCAUCGACAACACGGCGUGGGCAAAUACCGUCCUCGCCUCCAGCACGACGACUUACUGCGCCGUUAUUUACACAGGUCGACAGACUCGCUCUGCUUUGUCAACUUCUCCUUCCCGCUCAAAGACCGGCCUUCUAGACAUAGAAGUCAACAAUCUCACCAAGAUUCUCUGCAUCAUGACGCUGACCUUGUCUAUCGUGCUGGUCGCACUCGAGAGCUUUGAGCCGUCCAACAAAAAGCCUUGGUACGUCGCCAUCAUGAUAUACCUCAUUCUCUUCUCAACCAUAAUCCCCAUCUCUCUUCGUGUGAACCUGGAUCUGGGGAAAACAGUCUACGCUUAUUUCAUCGAACACGACCGCGGUAUACCGGAUACAGUAGUUCGGACGAGUACCAUCCCCGAAGAUCUGGGUCGCAUCGAGUAUCUGCUGUCCGACAAGACAGGAACACUCACUCAGAAUGAGAUGCAGCUUCGAAAGAUUCAUGUGGGAACCGUGGCUUACGCAGGCGAGGCUAUCGAAGAGGUAGCUGCAUAUGUCGACCAGGCCUUUGCCGCAGACGGUUCCCAUGUUACGCGAGCCGCUGAGAUGGGCUCUGCCACCAAAACACGCCGCGAAAUCGGGGUCCGCGUCCGUGAUCUGGUCUUGGCUCUGGCCCUCUGCCACAACGUCACACCUACAUCAGACGAGGUGGACGGGAAGAAGGUCGGGUCCUACCAAGCAUCGUCUCCAGAUGAGAUUGCCAUCGUCGAGUUUACUGAGAGUGUCGGAUUACGCCUGUUGCACCGAAAUCGAGAGAGCAUAGUCUUGGAAUCGACCAAGACCAACAAAAUUGUCAUCAGGGCAGAGAUCAAAGACAUAUUUCCCUUCACCUCAGAGAGCAAAAGGAUGGGCAUCAUUGUCAGCAUCUCAUCAGAAGUUUCAGGUUUGAGUACCUCGGAUGAACUGUGGUUUUUUCAGAAAGGAGCAGAUACCGUCAUGUCGUCCAUCGUGGCUGCGAAUGACUGGCUCGACGAAGAAACUGCCAACAUGGCUCGCGAAGGACUCCGUACGCUUGUUGUGGGCCGAAAAAGGCUCUCUGCUACCCAAUAUGCCACCUUUUCGUCCGAAUAUAGCGAUGCUGCAAUCGCAUUGCACGAUCGUGAGAGGGGUAUGGCGUCGGUGAUCCAGUCACAUCUCGAGCACGAUUUAGAGCUCCUGGGGGUCACUGGGGUGGAAGACCGCCUACAAAAGGACGUGAAACCGUCGCUUGAGUUACUUCGCAAUGCAGGUGUUAAGAUCUGGAUGCUCACGGGCGACAAGAUCGAAACUGCUCGUUGUGUGGCGGUGUCGGCAAGGCUCGUCGCUCGUGGUCAGCACAUCCAGACAAUGGCCAAACUCAAGACCAAAGUACAAGGCCAGGCUGCACUCGAUCUCAUCCGAAAUCAAACAGAGUCCUGCCUUUUGAUAGACGGAGAAUCGCUUGCGCUCAUGCUCAGUCAGUUCCAGCAGGACUUCAUCACCAUUGCAGUUCUGUUGCCAGCUGUGAUUGCCUGCCGCUGUUCACCCACCCAGAAGGCGGAAGUUGCGCUGUUGAUCCGCAAGCAUACCAAAAAGCGAGUCUGUUGCAUUGGCGACGGGGGCAAUGAUGUGAGCAUGAUUCAAGCCGCUGACGUGGGAAUCGGCAUAGUGGGCAAAGAAGGUCGACAAGCGUCUUUGGCCGCCGACUUCAGCAUCUCUCAGUUCUGCCACCUGACAAAGUUGCUCGUGUGGCACGGCCGCAACAGCUACAAGCGGUCUGCCAAACUCGCACAGUUCAUCAUGCAUCGUGGUCUUAUCAUCAGUGUCUGCCAGACAGUGUACAACGUAGCAGGCCACUUUGACCCGAGGGGUUUAUUCAUCGAUUGGCUUCUGGUGGGGUAUGCGACCGUUUACACAAUGGCUCCCGUCUUCUCGUUGGUCUUUGAUCGAGACGUCGACGAGCAACUCGCAAACCUGUAUCCGGAACUGUACAAAGAGCUGAAGUCUGGACGAAGCUUGAGUUACCGGACCUUCUUCACCUGGGUGCUGGUGUCAGUCUAUCAAGGUAUUGUCAUUCAGGGUUUGACACAAAUCCUAGUGGGUGAAGUGGAGGGUCCACGGAUGCUGAGCGUCAGCUUCACCGUCCUGGUGUUGAACGAGUUGAUUAUGGUGGCUGUGGCGGUCACGACGUGGCACCCAAUCAUGAUCGCAUGUAUACUAGGGACUGCAGCCUUCUAUGCCGCUAGUGUCCCGUUCCUUGGUCUAUAUUUCGACCUCGAGUACGUGGUGAGCUGGAGUUGGGUCUGGAGAGUGGUUGCCGUCGGAGCCAUCAGUCUGGUGCCUGUAUGGGGUGGCAAAGUCAUUCGAGGCGUGUGGAAGCCACCGAAUUAUCGCAAAGUCCAGGGCAUCUAGGGUAAUGAUAGACAAUGAAAUGUCG